AUGGCAUUUCCCGGCAUCCUUUGUCUAUGGGAAUGUUUUGGGAAAACAGAAUUUACAUGGAAGAUCUUUCUCUUGGGGAAACUGGUCUGGAGCCCUUCUAGUCCUAACACAAAUUAUGUUCCCCUGCCCUCUCUAGCGGAAAAUGCUGAGCUGCACUGUACAGGUUCGGAAGCAGGGCCUUCACAUGAGUCCUUGCAAACGGUGUUUACCAAGAAGUCAUUUCGUCCAACCCUGAAUUACAGCCGCCCCACUAGUGUGAACAUCUCAUUCACAAUGUAUGCAGUGCUUGGAGUGAAUGAAAAAUCUCAAAUUCUCACCACUUUCCUCUGGCUGCGUCUGUUUUGGCAGCAUGAAUUCUUGACCUGGAGUCCGGCGAAAUGUGGAGCGAUUGAGAAAAUUUCACUGCCAGUAGAGGACAUCUGGAUGCCGGACAUAAUUGUCUACGAGUUCAUAGAUGAGGAUAAGUCACAGCGCACACCCUUUGUGUAUGUAAAUCACACUGGACGUGUUCGCUACGACCGAAUGCUUCGAGUGGUCAGCUCCUGUAACCUUGGUAUCUUCAACUUUCCAUUUGAUGUUCAGAACUGCUCACUUACCUUUGGCUCCUACAUGCACACAGUGAGGGAUGUACGUCUGGGCCUGGCUCUUCCCGUGGAACAGAUUCUUCAAAACUCUUUGCAAUAUUUGGAGACAAGUGGAGAGUGGGAGCUUCUGAGGAUAGAAGGAGCACCUGAUAUCCUGAGAUUUGGCAUUGACGAAUGGGAUAUAAUAACAUUUUGGGUAGUGAUCAGACGUCGCCCUGUCUUGUAUGUGGUCAAUCUACUUAUCCCUAGUGCAUUCCUAAUGCUGAUUGAUAUCCUGAGCUUCUUCCUUCCACCACACAGCACUGACAGAGCAUCCUUCAAAAUGACUUUGCUCCUGGGAUACACAGUGUUCCUGCUUAUUAUGAAUGACUUGCUGCCAAGUACAGCCAAUGGAACACCACUAAUCGGGAUUUAUUUCUCGGUUUGUCUUGCGUUGCUUGUUCUCAGUUUAUUGGAGACGGUUAUAAUCACUCAUGUUCUGCAUCGCGGAGCUCUACAAAAUGGCUCUCUGCCUUGCUGGGUCAGACGCUUUGUCCUGGGUUUUCUAGCUCAGCUGAUAUGUUACCAUUACCCAAAUGGCAAUGCAGAAAGCUCAUCCUCCAAUAACCCUGUUCUGUCCGCCACCAAUGAAAUUGAUGCACAAAGACAGCCACCACCUAGCCCCUGCCAUGAGAAAGUCAGUGAAAAAGAGCACAAGGAGUUCUUCCCGACAGUCCUGGAGCUGCUCCCUCCAGACGCUUUGUGUCCGGGCACAGAGAGGCAGCUGGCCCUUAUCAGCCAAAACUUGCAAAUGGUGCGAGAAAUGUUGGAGAGCAGGAACCAGCUGCGGGCACAGGAAGAAGAGUGGGUGCAGGUUGGCUAUGUGUUGGACUCUCUGCUGUAUCGUCUGUACCUGAUCUUUAUUGGUUCAUAUGCCAUCAUCAUCAUCAGUGUGUGGUGUGUCUGGUAUAACAUAUAGGUAAAGAAAUACAUUUCCCCAGACACCAAUGAUACUGGGAACAGAUACUGAUAACGCUAAUCAGUAUCAUUUAUGGGACUUUCUUCGUUGUUGAUAAUGCUGAAAUGUUAUUUUCCAUUCUAUAAUGAAAUUUGUGGGUAAAGUGUAGA